AUCAAUCACUGACCAACAUUCUACAAAAUAGCAUCAAAAUGUUCGCUAAAAUCGUAGCUUUCGGAAGUCUGUUGGUGGCUGCCAACGCUGGUCUCUUACAUGGUCAUGCUGUAUCAUCUCAAAGCAUCGUGCGUCACGAUGAGGGUCACAUCGCCGCUCCUCUGGCCUACUCUGGACAUCUCUUACACGCAGCUCCAUUAGCUUAUGCUCCCCUGGCAUAUGCUCCUGCCACUCACUAUGCUGGUCAUGAUGAAUACUCUCACCCCAAAUACAACUUCGCGUACUCAGUAGCUGACCCCCACACCGGUGACCACAAGUCCCAGCACGAGAGCCGCGACGGCGACGCCGUACACGGAUACUACUCCCUUGUGCAACCCGACGGUUCCGUCCGUAAGGUUGAAUACUCUGCUGAUGACCAUAGCGGAUUCAACGCAGUUGUACACAACUCUGGCCCAUCAAUCCACCCCCAGCCUGCCUACUACCAUCACUACUGAAACACUAAAUAUGAUACUUUAUAGAAGACUCGAUUGUAUAAAUUAUUAAACGUUAUAAACACCAAA